AGAUGAAAAAUUGAGGGUUCAUUUUUUCGCUUAAUUUGUCUCCUUAGCAUUAUGCUUUAAAAAAGAAAAAUGUGAUUACUUACUCAAAUGGAAACGGUACGGUUACCCUUAGCACAAUAACUGAUGACGCACACAAAGUGAUGGUUAUGUUUAUCUGAAGUGGUCACAUAAUUGCUCGUUCAUUUAAUACUCAUUUGAAAUAUUGUUUGUAUUAUUUACGUCAAAAUAAUGUUUUUUUUUUACAAAAAGGGAAGUCAAUUUAUCGGAAAAAAUAUUGACGCGUUCUUAAGAAAAAUAGCUUACCCAAAUAUUCUUUUCAUGCCUAAUGGAAUGUGACAAUUGACAAAUUAACAUUCUCAUUGUUUUUUCAGCCUUACAGUUUUAUAAGCUUGUACAUUUUUCAAUUUGUCAGUUUUUACUUAAAUCUUAAAUCAAAAAGCUUAUUUAUGGUCAUUUGAAAGUCAGAUUAUCGCAUUACCUCCGCCCUUUUAAAAGAUUUUGCACCUAAUUUUCAAGUUCAAAUCGAUGCCAUUUCGAUCAAGCGUAAUCAUUCAGUCCUAAAAAGCUCACAAUUAAAUGUAAAAACUAGUUCAAACACUGCAAAUGCUUGAAAUAUAAUCACUUCUGCAAAGAUAACUGAACAAAACUGCUUCAGAAAGCUCCAAACAGCUUAUUUGGUCAAUUAUUUCAGUUACCAUUUGAUAUCAGAAUAUAGAAAGAUCCCCAAACCUAUUAUAAAUUAUAAUUAUUGGUAUUAAUCAAAAAAGCAUGGCAGAUUUGGAGGAUUUGCAGGAGAUAUUGGAGGCGUGUGUAAUGAGUGGGAUCUAUGAUGCCCCCCUCUGGAUGGAGGAGGAGAGGGAGAGACGGAGGCGGGUGGGGGAGGGAGAGCCAAUGGAGGGGGAUGUGGACUGCACUGUCACCUCGGAUGACAUCAAACAACUGGCAAGAUUAAUGAGAAUAGACAGCGCAAACCAAUCUCAGUUCGACCAAUCUGUGGACCAGAUGUACGCCAGGUGUAUUGACACCUCCACGGUCUCUUCAUUUUUACCCGCCUCCAUGAUUCCCUCCCCCACCAAAAAAACCUCAAAGACGACUGGGACCAACAAAAAAUGCGACGCAAAUAAAGGACACCACAAGGGAAAGCGUCACUCAGUUGCAGCAGAGUUAGUAGGAGAGAUUAACAAAAUGGGAGUCGGAACUUCAAGGUCAAAAGAGGAGGGGCAAAGAGGAGAGGUGGAUUUCCCGGAACUGCUUUGUGAGCUGGAGAGAAUGUUCCCGGACCCGGUUGAUUGUUUUGAUAUCGAGAGGGCAUUUUCUGUGCUGGAUGAGAAUAAAAACGGAAAUGUUUCACUAGAAGAGAUGAAGGAGGGCAUGGGUAAGUUUGCGAGGGAGAACAACCUCGUGCACUAUGUAGGAGGUGCGGCAGCUAGCCCCCCGUCACUAGGGGCAGUGGGGGGAAGAGUGGGUAAAGCGAAGCAGAGGAGGGGUCACGUGGAGACUCAGGAGGUGGAGGAACUGUACUCAUUCCUCGUCUCACAUCACACGAGUCAGGUGCAACUGCAGGAUAACUCUGCCAUCGUAAUCUCCCGCCGGAAUUCCAACCGAAGUCUGCUUGUUAAGCGCUCUACGGCCAGCAGCUUCAGCGACCUAACUGAGACGGUAGGAAAUGAACUAAUUCCGUGUAAUGGGACGCAAAAUGUAGCGAGCGGCGGAGGAGCAGGAGGAGGAGGUUCGGGUACGGGAUGCGCUAUUGAAGACGGGUUCACUAUAGAUGCCAUGUUGAGCACACUUGAACCACCGCCAGAUCAGAGACAAGUGUAGAGGCUGAACCCUAUGGACAUACCGAAAACAUAUCGAAUGGUAUCCUAAACUACCAGGAACAAACUAAUGGCUCGCUCUAUUUCACCAUUAUUACUCUUAAAUUUUUAUCAUCGGCAUGCAUAAUAAAUUUAUUCAAAAAAUAUCAA